AUGAUUGAACGGUGGAAGCCAGAGACACACACUUUCCACCUUCCCUUUGGAGAGGCCACUAUGACCCUGCAGGAUACCCAAAUUUUGUUUGGAUUACGUGUUGAGGGAAAUGUUGUGGUAUAUUCGAAUUUAAUGCACCACAAUUUUGAUUGGGCUAUGUUGAUGCAAGUUCACACUGGCUUCACUCCUGCACCGGAGGAUUUAGAAGGGACUAGCCAUCUUAAAAUAAGUGUAUUAGUUGAGUAUAUUCGGCAACAGGUAGUUCUACAUCCCAUUACUGACUACACUCCUGAUGAUAGGGUUCAGAGGAUAGCUCAACUAUAUAUGUUGUUGAUUUUAGGAGCUAUUCUAUUCCCGAUCACAUCGGGGAACGUCUUGAAUUUGCGGUUCUUGCACUUCGUUGUUGAUCUCGAUCAGACAGGAACAUACAUCUGGGGCAGCACUGUUCUAGCAUAUCAUUACUGGUCUCUCUGUCAGAUAUCUAUUAGCGGUAAAAAAGUUGAAGGAUUAAUUCCUCUCCUGCAGAUAUGGACUUGGGAGAGGGUCCUGCCCUUCCAACCAAUACCGGUUGAGGAUAUUGAUAAGGAUGAGCCUUUAAUGCCAUAUGGUAGAAAGUGA